AGACCAGCCCUGACACAGCAGCGACAGCUACGGUUAAACCCACCAGUCCUGUUGUAACUACCGCUAUACCCACCAGUGCUGUUGUAACUACCGCUAAACCCACCAGUGCUGUUGUAACUACCGCUAAACCCACCAGUGCUGUUGUAACUACGGUUAAACCCACCAGUCCUGUUGUAACUACAGCUAAACCAACCAGUCCAGUUGUAACUACCGCUAAACCCACCAGUCCUGUUGUAACUACGGAUAAACCCACCAGUCCAGUUGUAACUACAGCUAAACCCACCAGUCCUGUUGUAACUACAGCUAAACCCACCAGUCCUGUUGUAACUACAGCUAAACCCACCAGUGCUGUUGUAACAACGGAUAAACCCACCAGUCCUGUUGUAACUACCGCUAAACCCACCAGUCCUGUUGUAACUACAGCUAAACCCACCAGUGCUGUUGUAACUACCGCUAAACCCACCAGUCCUGUUGUAACUACCGCUAAACCCACCAGUCCUGUAGUAACUACGGAUAAACCCACCAGUGCUGUUGUAACUACGGAUAAACCCACCAGUCCUGUUGUAACUACAGCUAAACCAACGACUCCUAAUAUUGUUACAACACAUUCACCUACAAGCACCAGCCCGACUACAACAACAAAAGUCCCUGUAAGGUGUGAAAACGGUGGAACUCCAAACCCUAACGGAGAAAGUUGCAUCUGCCCCGACAAUUAUAAAGGCAGGACAUGCAAAGACAUUGUUGACAUCGUUUUACCAAAACAAAUUGAGAGGUCAGCAUUAGUCAACAUGGAAGUAGAUGAGCCUUUUAUACCAGAGUUCGAAGAUAAGGAAUCUACAGAAUACAAGAACUUUGUUGAAGAUUUCACUACAGAUAUGAAGAUAUAUUACAUUACGAGGAUUCAAAACUUCAAAUCAGUGAAUGUCAUCAAUUUAAGCCGUCCGGCAACCAGACGCAGAAGAUCUGCGACACAAGACGGCCUGUCGGACAAGAUUGAAGAUAGGGCCUUAAACUAUGUCAGGAUGGAAAACAACGGUGUAAGAGUCGAACACAACGUUGUUUUGGAGGUUAACAAUUCCGCACAGGCAGAGACUGAAUUCAACACUUUAUUUGAGCAAGUUCAGACUGCAGUAAAAGAUGUCAAAACCUGUUCUGAUGUCACGCCAGCCACUCUAGGUUGUCCUGGGUUCAACAUAACCAGUACAGAACAACCAAAAAAAGAAGAUUUGGAUCUAACAGCUGUGUGUAAAAGCUCUGUCUCAAACCCGGACCAUGCAGAACACUACCUUGGCGUCAACAUGAGCGGCAUACUGAAGUGUGUGAAUAAGUGCGAUCCUGGACACCCUGAUCCCUUCACAUGUGACAACGACGGCACCUGUGCUGUCUCAGCGGCUGAAGGAGCCCAGUGCUCAUGUCUCCACACAGGAUCCACUUGGUACAUGGGCUCCAAGUGUAACCACCCCAUCAACAAGAUUGGCUUCUACGUGGGGAUGAGUGUGACAGGCUUGGUGCUGGUGGUGCUGGUGGGGGUCCUGACUGCCUACCUGCUGCUCACCAAGCAGAGACAGAGGAGAAACAAGGACGUCAAGGAGCAGAUAGUGAAUGAUUGGCUUGAAGAUGACUUCGAGUGGCCCCCACCUCAACGACCAGCAGGGCCCUUCGAAGGGGCUAAUAACACGACGUUCGAGGAAGAGGUGAACGUGUACCAGCAGCCUGGCAGGUCCCUUACGUCGGACAACUCUCAGCAGCGUGCCCGCUACCCAGGAUCCUCCAGCUCCGCUCAGCCUCCGCUCAUUCCCCACAACUUUAACAACCAGCCGAUCAAGAUUCAAAGACCUCAGAUCAAAACAACAUCUGAAGUGUAACUUCAGCUGUACCCAAUGACAUUACACAGUACCUCACUUCCUGUGUGCAUCACAACAGUUCUGAUUUACAUUACCCAUCACAAUUAGGAUGACAUCACAAUAAUGAUGACAUCACAGGAAUAUUUCUAGGUUCUGGACUGUGUCUGUGGUGUCAGGGUGAAAUUAACCAAAUCAUAAACUAGUUUAUCCUAAAUAUCCUUAAUUUAUUGUAAAGCUAGAGUAACAGUAUAUUGCCUAUGAACACAUUUCUAGUUGUUAUAUUGGAUCGAACCAAAGACAUUGCUUUGAUGGAAGGCAUCAUGGGGGCGUAGCCAGAAAAAUAUUUUUGGAUAGGCCUAAAAAAAUAUGGAUAGGCAUCUUUUCAUAG